UGAAAUAGAUUGGAAUAAUAUUGAAGACAUUUUAGAUACUGAAUCAAUUAUAACAAAAUCAAUAGAUAAAGAAAGUAAUUAUCAGAUCGAAAAUAGUUUUAAUAUUAAUGAUAUAUUAACGUCAUAUGUUGUUUUAGAUAUGAUUGAUGGUUUAAUACAAUGCUGUUCUAAAAAAGCAUUAAAUCAACAUCCUUUAACUAAGCUAAUAGAAGGUGAACAUUUUUUUGAAAGGCAAGGCAGUGGAAAAAAGCCAUUUUCAUGUGAAAAUAAGCAUAAAAAUGAUACAACUAAAGCACUUGAACUAUUAGGACAAUGGAUUUUAAAUGUAGCAGCAUCAGAAGAAAUCAAGCCAAAAGAAGAAUUAUUAAUAAAAUUAAGUCCAGUAUUAACAUUGUUUAAUCAAUCAAUAUCUAAACAAUCAAUAUC